AAAAACAAAAACCAUGCCGAUAAUGAACGACGAAAGAACGAGAAUGACGGAGACAAACAGUCACAAUGAUUUGGGAGAAGAGAGAGAGGAAUUGAAUAGACUUCGUCGUGAGCUCGAGCAAAUGAAAAAAGAUCUCGAAGCAAAGUUGAGCGAGAACGCGCCAGCAGUAAACACGCCUAAUCCAUCAACAUCGAGCGUCGAGGAUUUGAGCAUGGUUAUGAACGCGAAGUUCGGAGAAUACAAUCAACCAUCCGGAGAACGUAAACAACAUAACCGUGGACGGUAUCGAAAUAAUAAUCAUCCCAAGAAUUAUUCCGACACAAAUAAUAUGCCGUAUAAUGGGGGAAAUAUGAAUUUUAAUUUACCCGACACGCGGUUUCCACCACCGGUAUCGUCCACAGCUCCCGCUCAAAAUAAUAACAUAGGCCAUUAUGAUCCUCCUAGACAGUCGAGUAAUUAUCCUUUAAACUAAAGUGUGACGCGCUGAACAGUGGUCCAUCGGCGCGUCAACAAGGUUUUGAUUUUAUAGACGAUUUGACGAAUGAGAUUCAGGGAGUUGAGGACCACACGAACCACGAUCCUUCGCUAGAAACGUCAAGCCGUUGUCCACACAUUAAAGUGACAAUUUUCGGAGAAAAUAAGAUAAUUUUAUUGGAUUCAGGGAGUCAGAUCACGGCGAUCUCGGAAGAAUUUUAUAAACAACUAGCGAGGAAAUCCAAAAUCGAAUUAUUACCGUUGUCCAGUUUAGUGAUUACUACGGCAAUAGGAAGAGGGAAAACAGUGGUUAAGAGUCAAGCGUAUAUUGAAGUCGAAAUUGCCGAAAAUAAAUUUGCGUAUCCGUUUGUUAUUAUUCCGGGACUAACGUCUCCAAUGAUUUUUGGAAACGACUGGAUGUCGAAAAAUCAGGUUGUGUUGAAUUAUAAAGAUCAUACAAUAGAAAUUGGUGGGUGUAUAUUGCCUAGUUUCGCGAUGAUGUUCCAGCGAGGAGCUCGCGAGUCGCUUCAUUGUGUUCAAGAGAAUACAAGUCUUCACGUAUAUGUCAUGAAUUUUCAAAAAAUGUUAAAUAAUAAUAUUAACCCAGUACCUCCCGCGAACGCUGAUAAUAAUGAAUCGAGGGGGGGGUCAUCUACGCUGCUAGAGGGGAUGAGUAACGCGAAGAUAUCGACGCAAGAUGCGAAAAUAAGUGAGUGUAUCGGAAUCAAACGUAUUGACCAACUAGAAAACCGCGAAAUCAAACAUGAAAAUUCGGAAAGUUUAGAUUUUCGGUCGAUCACUCAAGAGUUAACUUCUUUAUCUGACAACGAAAAACAAAAUCUGUUCUCAGUUUUAAAAGGGCAUCAAUUUCUAUUUUCGAAUAAACCGGGAUGUGCAAAGGGAUACGAACACGAAAUAAAAAUAAUUGAUACAAAGCAGAUCG